AUGUUUGGGAGAGUGACUCUACCACAACUGCUCUUUGCUGGCAUCCUUGGAAUUGCUGGAGGGAUAUAUAUUUUUCAGCCAAUAUUUGAACAGUAUUCCAGAGAUCAGAAGGAAUUAAAAGUAAAGUUGAAACUGGCAGAGGAAUCAGAAAAGAAGAAAAGUUAAUACUACAGCAAGUUGAACUGUAAUUGCUUAAAGUUCCAUUGAAAUUAUAUGUUGACUCUAAAUAGUCUCAUAAAAACUUCUGAAAUACAUUUUAAACAUAAAUAAAUCAUAGAUGACGAUUUUUAAAACUAGUAC